GACUGCUGAGAAGUGAGAAGGAACUUUCAGAGCACUGUGUUUUUUGAUUUUAUAUUUUUAUCUCAAUGAAAUUUAAUUAAUUACAUUUAAGAAUUAUUAUUGAAUAAAGCUAUUGAAGAUGAAAUUCACAGAACGUUGAAAUUGCUCGUCUUAGUGAUCCCAUAGCCGUUACUUAUAAUUAUACUGGUCUAUAUUCAAACUUUAGGUACACCUAUUUCGGAAAUUAGGUAUUAAAUUAUGUCGAGCUCAACCGUCCAAUAUAUCUUACUUAGGAGUGAUUUACUAAAAGACUUGGGUUGGUCUAUCGGUGCCCUGGUGGCGCAGGCCUGCCAUGCUUCCACAGCUGUUCUUCAUGUAUAUAGAGAUGAUGAAAACACUAUCAAUUACUUAGGUGAUUUAGAUAAUAUGCAUAAAGUAGUAUUAGAAGUACCGAAUGAAGAAUCCCUUAAAAAGAUUGCUGAAAAGUUAAAAGAAAAUUCAAUCGAUCACAAGUUAUGGAUUGAACAGCCAGAAAAUAUUCCAACCUGCUUGGCGCUCAAGCCAUAUCCUAAAGAGGAAGUGAAGAAAUAUGUAGGGAAAUUCAAAUUGUAUAAAGCUUUGUUGACCUCAUGAAUUUAUAACUUUAUGAGUCUAUGAUGUAAAACAUUAAAUAUUUAAUCAAAA